AUGCCUCCCAUUUCCACAAUUUUAUUUAUUUUAUUAAUUAUCAUAACAAUUAUAAACAUUUCCACUUCCGAUGUUUGCGAUAAACUCAAGGAUGACAAAACUGCUUUUAAUUACUGUAAAAAGGUCCAUGGAAAUCGAGAGGAAGAAAAUAAACCGAAGAACCCAAAACUUAGAACGAAAAUGAGAAUAUCUUAUACACCAAGAUAUGAAUUGGCUUGUAUGUCUUUAGGCUGUAUUUGUCAGUAUUAUGGGGGCAAAUCAAGUAAUCGAGCAACUAAUGAUUGUACCCUUUCAAAUGGCCAAAAACUUAAAAAAGCAAAACGCAAAGAAUGGAGAAUGUUAACAGAUCAGGAAAAAAUGGAUACAUUUGCUGCAAUUGCAGAAAUGAAAAAGAAUGGGGAAUUUGACUAUCUGGCAAGAUUACACAAAGAUGCUUUUGAAGCUGGAAAGUGGCAUGGAUGUACAUCUUUUUUCGUUGUUCACAGAGAAUUUCUUAAAAGAGCUGAAAUAAUUUUGCGUAAAAUAAACCCAAAUAUUAGUAUGCCUUACAUGGAUGUUACUUUGGAUGCUCGCUUGCCAAAUCCGGCAGAUUCUAUUCUUUUUACUAAAGAGUUCAUAGGUAGUACAGAUGGAAAUGGUAAUGUAAUUGAUGGACCUUGUGCAAAUUUUAAGACACUUCAAGGGGACCCUUAUAUUACAAGAAAUGUUGGUAAAGAAGGUGGAAGAUUAAUGAAUGAAGAUGAUGUCCAAUGGAUUCUUGGUCAGACAAAGCUUGAUAGUAUAAUGACAUAUACAGUUCCUGGUGAUAAAUGUCCUUGUGAAAUAACAAAUAAAUGGCCAGAAUUUGUUCACGGAAAAACACACACUUAUUUUGGCGGACUUAUGUUUGACACAGCGUUAUCGGCUCAGGAUUCUUGCGCCUUUUUUACUUUCCAUAACUUUCUGAAUUUGGUAAGACCUUAA